AUGUCGAAACAGUUGUUACGUAGUGCGAAGAAUGUGAUGAAUGGAUAUUCGCAGGCGCAAGUGUUGGUGAGGAAUGCUACGUCAAAUGAUGAGUAUGGGCCGUCUUUGGAUCAAAUGGAGGAGCUUGCGGAGCGGACGUAUAGUGCGGUUGAGUUUUUUGAGAUUAUGGUGAUGUUGGAUAGACGGUUGAAUGACAAGCCCAAGAAUUGGAGACAUGUUGCGAAAUCCUUGACGGUGACAGACUAUUUGGUGCGGACGGGGGCUGAGGCGUGUGUGGAUUGGGCGCGGGAGAACAUGUUUAUUAUUAGGAAGUUGACGGAGUUUGUCCAUGUGGAUGAGUCUAGUGGUACGGACCAUGGGCAGCUUAUCAGGGUCAAGGCUAAGGAAUUGAUUGCAUUGUUGAGGGAUGAUGAGCGGUUGAAGGAGGAGCGGAAUUUGCGGCUUGGUCGUGGCAAGAAGAAUCCGCAGAAUGUUCCGGAGACAAAUCCGGAUGGUGUAGAUCCGGACUUGAAGCGAGCUUUGGAGGAAUCUCGUAUUACCGCAGAGGAGGAAGAACGUAGGAGGAAGCUAGCUGAGAAAACAGAGGACGCUGAGGAGCUUCAGGCUGCGUUACAGUUAAGUAAGGAAGAAGAGGAGUUGAGGAAAUUGAGGGAGUUGCAGCAACAGCGGGAGCAGCAGAUGGCGUUUUGGCAGCAGCAGCAGGUUCAGCAGGUUCAGUACCAACAGCAACCGAUGUAUUAUGAUAUAUUUGGUAAUCCGAUAACUCUUGAAGAGUACUUGCAGUACCAACAACAGCAGGAGCAAGCGCAGCAGCAGCAAUUGGCACAGCAGCAGCUACUAGCGCAGCAGCUUGCAGAACAACAAGCUUCUGCAGACUACUAUGCGCAGCAGCAAUUCCUAGCUCAACAACGGCAGAUGGCGGAACAACAGUACUUAGCACAAAAACAGUAUUUGAGCCAACAACAGCAGCCAUUGCAGUCGGGUGUGAACAAUCCGUUCUCUCUAAAUAACAUGCACAAACUGGAGUCUGAAAAUUAUGAAAAGACGGCUUCUACAUCAUUUGGAUCCCCCCCUGGUGGGACGGCUGGAAGAUCAAGCUCGUCUACUCCAUUACAACAGCAACCACCGCAAAAGCCCUUUCCACAAACUCAACCACCAUCUCAGUCUCAAUCUCAACCACAAUCUCAACCACAACAGCUGCAGGCCACUAGAACGGGUAACCAAUCUAUUUCGGACAAAUACGGUGAGCUAAAUGCUUUGUUAGCGACGGGAACAGGUAUUGAUACAUUUGGUAACACUGGACAAGCCCGUAUUUCAUCUCAGCACACAAAAACGGAAACAUUUAUAAAUUCUCAUGGUACUGGAUUUAAGCAAGUCAGUAAUGAACCCCCAAAGCACAACCCUUUCCUAACUACACAAUACACGGGGUUACCAAGCACAAACAUUGUACCUUCACAUACUGGUUAUGGUUUUGGUAAUGCAUCAAGUUUCCAACAAACUGCAAGUAAACCAAAUGACCAAGGUAUGAGUUUGAUUGAUUUGUAG